AAGCAACUUCCUGAUCCCACAGACCUCGGCUGCUCAGUCUGACUUCAUCUGCUGGUUUCCUCCUCCACCGCUCACAUCUUAAUCACAUCGCACAUGAAAAUAACACGUUCUCUGUCUUUAGUUCUUUAGAGGGAAAUAGCAGGUGUAGAAAAGGAAUGGAGGCUUGUGAAAUGAGCUGGUCGUUUGAUUAUAUAGUCAUUUAAAACCAUUACAGUAAGAUGAACAUUUGGUCUUCAAAACUGCACCUUGCUACGUGGACUGUGAUGAGCUUCCUCUGUGUGUUUUCUGAUGAGGUGAUGGUGAGGGACUCUGACUUGAAGCUGUGUGAGAAGGACAAGCGAGUGUGUGUCACUGACCUCAGAGACUGUGCCCCUCAACCUCCUGCAUCUAUACAGAAGACGCUGAACAUGUCCUGUUGCUACCAGAUAUCACAGAGCUCCAUAACAUGUGAGUGGAGUCAGGAGUUUAACAGCUACACUGAGCCUGACGUUUCUCUCAUCUUCAGCAGCGAAGAUACAAUCAUAUCUUGUCAGGGAAUCUUCAACCCAGCAGCUGUCCUCAACGUAACCGCCAGGAUCAAAAACUACAUGAUGGGAAGGGAGGUCUGGUCCCAGCCUCAUACUGUAUUUCUUUAUGAUGCAGUCAAACCUUCUCAGCCUGUAUUAACUGUACUUGGCUCCACUGAGGACUCUAUUGUUGUGUCUUGGAGAAGCAAUGUUGGCAACGGCUGUUGUCGGCUUUGCUAUAGAGUCGACAACACUCACACAUGGACCCAGGUUCCGGGUUAUGUUCCUGCACGUCGAGAUGAGACACUGACCUACACAAUCAGAGACCUCCUGACGUUUACCGUCUACAGAGCUGCUGUGGCCUGCAGAGAGGACUCCGGCAUCUGGAGCGACUGGAGUUCUGACGUCAGCACGAGGACGCUGGACAGAGUGCCCUCCAAGCCUCCAGAGGUGUGUUACAGAGUGGAGACAACAGACUCUGGUGGAUCUUUUCUCCUUCAUCUCAUGUGGAAGGAACUUGACCUCCGUGAUGCCGGAGGUCGUGUCCUUGGAUACCAGGUGAGCUACAAGCCAGUGAAGAAGCAGCAACUGCAGGAAAGAAUAAUUCAAAAUGUUACGGACGUAACGGCGUUCCUGGUGGUGGAAGAGGGGAACUGCAGUGUCACAGUUACCGCUUUCAAUACGGCCGGCUGUGGACCUGCCGCGCAUCUCAGGAUUGACACACAAGCCCGGAACACUCUCCCGUCAGUCACAAGCUUGUGGGUGUCCAGUUCUUUCCCUGCUAUAAAUGGCCUGUUGGUCCAAUGGGAGAGUCCCACAGCCUCGCCCUCUGUCCCGCCUGUCAGUCAUCUUGCUGUCCAGUGGCGCCAUGAGACUCGUCCAUCCACCAGCCGCUGGACCACAGAGGACAACAAAAUCACCUCCACUGUCAUACAAGAUGUUGACCCUGAUGAGUCCUACCUGAUCAGUGUGUUCCCCAUCUACCCCCAUCAGCAGUGUGGACCUCCUCAGUUUCUGCCUGCCAGUCUGCAGCAGGGAGCACUGAUGGAGCCGGUCCAACUGAAGGUGGGGGGCGUGACCAAAACCACAGUGACAGUGGUGUGGGUGUGGCAGAGGAAGGCUGGACCAAUCAGAGUCAACAGAUACAGAGUCAUGCUGACAAAAGAAUCAGAGAGCAAAACGCUGUCUUUGUGGCCACCCCAAUGGCAGCUCACCUUUAACAACCUGGAACCCAACACUGAGUAUUCCCUUCUCCUAUUGGCUGAUGAUGUUUCUAGAAACAUCAUCCCUGUGAGGACAGACUUUGAUGAGAUGCCAGCGGUGGCUACAGCGACUCCUCUGUUGCUGCUGGCUGUCAUUGUGUUCAUCACCUCUAUCCUGUCCAGGACUGUGUACAAGUCGUACUUCUUCCCCCCCAUCUCCAGCCCCCAGGGCAGUACGGCAGGCCAGUGGCUGAUGGACCCAAACCACCUGAAAACUGCAGAGAGAAACCUCCUGGAUAUUGAGGCGUUCCAAGUGACAGACAUACUCGGACAGAAGAGUCUCAUCACGGUCUGUCCGGACUCCCAGCCCUCCUCAGAGGACCUACGUGGAGACACCUCUCUGCUAUCGAUCAGCCACCUCAUCAUCAAACCGUCAAGCCUAGAACUGGACCCAGACUAUAUUUCCGAUGCUCCCGUGAUCACAGAGGACCGGCUGGUUUCUCUCCAGUCCUACCACGCUGACUACACAGUGAGCUGCCACCUUCCUGACACAGUUUGCCUAAAUAAGGACAGCUGUGUGGCCGACACGGCUCUGCUGCAUCAGACACAUGAAGGCAACAGCUACUUUCCUCAGAAAAAGGAAGAGAGUGGUUUUUCUAGGGAAACUGCACUGAAAUGUAAUUUUUGUGAAUUCAUUCCAAACAGUCAUUGUGCUUAUCAGUUAGCCUGUGAAGCUGAGUAUGUUUCUUCCUUUCUGGGGAAAACGGAUGUGUAAACAGUGAGUGGACACUGGUCUUAUCUGAUCUGUGAGACUGAUUAUGGACAAUGUACUUCAGUGCAACAUGCCGGGCCAAACACAGGUAGAAAAGUAAGAGAAAUAGCAGAGAAUUUCUAAUAAGGGAAGAACUUCUACUCUUCUGAUACUACCGGUUUCUGAAGUGAUUGCAGUUCCACUCUGGUUCCAUAUGAGGGCACUCACACUGCAGAAUCAAUGGUGGUUUAUGGAGCUAUACCCCUCAAAAUCCACUUUUCUCAGAAUCUAAUUUUUUGUCAAGUAAUUUGAAUGUUGCGUUUGUAAUAGGAGGCUAAGGAAAUACACUCUGCUGGCUUUUUUCUUCUAAAAAGCCUUUUAAAAUAAACAGAGUCACUUCCUUUUUCUCUCGACGCAUCGACAACAUGGCGGACAGGUUAGGCUCUCCCUGUCAAAACACGUGCUAGAAAGAGGUUUGCUAAUGUUUUAAAAACCACACAGAAAUAUUCACUCUGACAAUCUGGCUCCGCUUCGGAUGCCAUCAAGCGGGAUCUCUGGUUGUAAUCAGUCCGUCACUGACCAAUCAGCAUUCAUUAGCAGAAUGCUAGUGUGUUAUGGUCAACGACUCAACCUAUAACACAUUGAAAGGACAAAAGUACUCGUUCAGUCAACUUUCAACCUAUAAUCCAUGUUGAACUUGCAAGAACUACAAUCAAAUCUGAGAUUUCUCAACGCCAAUCAGGCAAAAGAGAAAAAUGUAGCCGUCUAGCUUCAUAGAGUCCCAUUCAUGUUGCACUGGAACGCAAUCACCCGCAGUGGAACUCUGGUGGAACUGCAACCAAAUUCAGUACAAUGGGUUUCCUUAACCACUGGAGGGCCAAAGCACAUUGCUUUGGCUGUUGGGUGGCACCUGAAUUAAAAGAGUUUAUUAUCUUUUUUUGUGACCAUUUUAAGAACUCUCAGAGACAGGCUUAGCAGGCUUUCACACUGAGACCAGACCUGCGUUAAAACAUUGGUUACUUUAGAUUCCAGCGAGAUGUGAAAGAUCUUGAAGGUUUGUUUCAGAUGUCAAAACACUGCACAGUGGUUUGCAAUAUUUUAUCUUUUGUCACAAGGUAAACAGUAGAAUUUCGCCAUUACCGUAGCAAAGUAACAGAGAUAUGUGCUUCCACAUAUUUGGUCACAGCAGCAUCUUUCUGAAUGACACAAAAACGUUGUUUCUGGACAAUUCUGCUGUGUUGAGACCGAGCCUUUGGUGUUGGCAC